AUAUUCAAUCUUAUAUUUAAGUGAGAAAUAUAACGCGAAUUAAAGAGCAUACAUCAAUUAACAGUCUUAUUUAAUGGAAAAUUAAGGAAAUCCUUGAGUUCUUGAUCAAUUUGACCUUUUUCAUUUGCAAUGACAAGGUUUUCGUAUUUAGCAAUACACCCAGUGGCAGGUUUCUCUGAGACAUUAUCAAUUGUAUAUUUUUUUAAUGUAAUUUUAUUUUUUAAACGACGACUAUAGGUUCUCGUCUAUAGUUCGGAUUGAUAAGUUGAUCGUGGGCGGGGGGGUAUGUUUGAGAGGGGCGCAGAGGUGCUGCUCAGCACGGUCAAUACACGAUAGAGCCAGUUCUGCUCAACCCCCUUCAUAACAACCGUCUAAAUCGUUCAAAUUUAAAUUAUUUGUUCUAAAAGUUUAUAUGGUGGUCGUCGGACUUUUGGCUGAAAUCGGCUCUGCUCGCCGCCGGUCUGCACCUUGAGAAAUGAAGGCAAGUUCAAACGCAUAUUGAACAUCGGAUUAUUCAUUAUUAAAUGAGGGGCCGUUAUCGCCGUUUUAAAUAGACAAAAAAUAUUAGGCAGGAGAUGGAAGAUCCCGUGGAAGAGGCGAGGGUGGAUUCGCUGGAGGGAAAGAAUUUCCCCGAAUGCCUUGAAUCUCCGACGAAUUCCGUCGACGACGAACGCCUGCAGCACUUGGAAGAACAAUACGAGCUGAUGAACUCGUCCUUGAUCGCGCUGACCACUCAUUUCGCCCAAGUGCAGUUCCGUCUGAGGCAGAUAGUCGAAGCGGGUCCAGAAGAGAAAGAAAAGCUUUUGAAGAGCCUGGUGGAGUUCGCGUUCAGGGGCAUCCCGGACGUGGAAAACGGUCUGUUCGACUAUCGUUUGACCGAGAACGACAAGGAGAUAGAAGACGCCCUCAACGCUCAAAGGGCCAAGCAGGCCGAAUUGAUCGAACAGCUGAAGAAACAGUUGGCGGAUCUGGAAGCGUACGCUUACGAAGCCGGAGAAGGCGGCCCUCCUCAGAGCCUAGUCAUCGAAAAGCAGAGGGUCAUCAUCGACCAGCUAAAAAGCCAGCUUAACCUCAACGUCGACGGCUUCGACAAAAUGUCUGUGGAAGAACUGAGAACGUACGUGGACAACGCGGUCGACGAGGUCAUUCUUCCCUUGAAGAUGAAGGAGCAGCUGGUCGUCCAGCUGAAGACCCAGUUGGCCGACCUGGAGCGUUUCAUCCAGUACCUCCAAGGCGACGCGCCGGCUUCGAACAAUAAGUGUGACUGCCGCUGUUCCGGGUGUGGCGGGCAUUCCGACCACGAUCGCGAACACGUCAAAGGAAAACUGAUCACGACGGUCAAGAGGAUCACCGCCCUCCUGCACCUCUUCGCCUCGGCGCAUCUCCACGCACCGAAGAAGUUCAGGAGGAACUCGCCAAAGAGAACGAUGAAGACGAAGCACUGGGGCGACCUCAGGGCCCAGCUAGAAAUGGCGAUAGAGAGCGUCGUCGAAUCGGCCAGAGAGCCGGAGACGUACGCCGACAGCGAUUACGUCUCGGAUUCGGAAUACCCGACCCAGUCGACGAGCAGGUUGGCCACCGUCGUCCGGAAGCACCUUGCCGUCGGUAUACAAAACCUCAUGCAACACGGGUUGUUCAACUUCAACAACAACAUGAGCGUCGUCCCGUUCACGAUGUGUUUCAAAGUGAAAACUACCUCGGGCUCCUGCGACAUGCACGCCUGGGAGCUCGUCCUCAAAUUCUACGACAUGAAAAACGGUGAAAAGUUCAAUUCCACACCGGCGAGGAAGCUGUCUCAGAGUUUCAAUCUGGACAUCGUCGGCGGUUGCGCCAUAUCCGCCAAACAGAGCCUCCUCGGGGUGAUCGGGAACAUAAUCGCCUCGCACGAUCCUUACAAAAGGAGCUACGACUCACAGUUCAAAGCGCUCGUCUGCGCCGGCCUGAAUUCGAAAAUGUUGGUCCAGUGGCUGAGACUGAUACUCCGAUGCCAGCCCCUUCUGGAAUUGUACUACGCCGACUGGAGUUACACGGUCAAAACUGGCUUCGAGGACGCUUUCGCGAGUUUAGAAAAAUUAAACCAAUUUCAGUUCCACUUGCCCGUCGAUUUAGCGGUGAGACAGUUGAACGACAUUAAAGAUGCUUUUUAAACAAAUAUUUGACAAACGUUACCGAAUAUUUUAUCGUCUCGAUUCUCUGGUUUUAUUGAGACACUCGAUCGUGUUGAUUGGUGUCCGACAACUGAAUGUUAAAUGUUUUAAAUUGUAUAUUGUUUUUGUUUUCGUUUUUAACCUAUUAUUAAAAUAUUCAUAUGAC